AGGAGGAGGAAGACGACGAAGAGUUGCGCCUCUUUCUCCCGUGCCAACUGCACGCAGCCUUGCUAACAUAUGCUGCGAUGCGCAGCCCACUUUUUUGGCACGAGGAGGAGGAGGAGGAGGAGGACGACGACGAUGAAGAAGAGGAGGAGUGCGCGCGGUGAGCCUGUGCGGGAAAGCCCGGCGACGCCUGCGACAAGGAAAAUGUCUUUGACGGGAAGAUGCUCAAAAGGAUGAAGAAGGUCCCGGAGGACUCGGCAAGACUUGGAGGCAUGACCUCCACGUGGUUGCCGCCGCCGCCGCUCCUCCUCCUCCUCGCAGCGCUCAGCGCAAGGUGUGUGACAUCAGCCUACGAGGAGGACUACGAGGACGCGACGGUCCAGCAGAUGUUAGCGUCCAAAUCUCAGCAGUCGGACGCCACAGAGAUCCUCAACGGGCUCCUCAAGGAGUACGACCGCAAGCUCAGGCCCGACAUUGGAGUGAAGCCAACGGUCGUCGACGUGGACAUAUUUGUCAACAGCAUCGGACCCGUGUCCUCCAUUAACAUGGAAUACCAAAUCGACAUCAUCUUCGCGCAGACGUGGACCGACAGUCGUCUGCGCUACAACAGCACCAUGAAGAUCUUGACGCUGAACAGCAACAUGUUGGGCCUCAUCUGGCUGCCCGACACCAUCUUCAGGAACUCCAAGAAUGCCGACGCCCACUGGAUCACCGUGCCCAAUCAGCUGCUCAGAAUAUGGAACGACGGCAAGAUACUUUACACUUUAAGGCUGACCAUAAAUGCGGAGUGCCAGCUGCAGCUGCACAACUUUCCCAUGGACCGACAUUCGUGUCCGCUCAUCUUCUCCAGCUACGGGUACCCUCAAGACGAGAUGGUCUACAAGUGGAGGAGGAACUCGGUGGAGGCGGCCGACCAAAGGUCCUGGCGCCUCUACCAGUUUGACUUCAUGGGCCUCAGGAACACCACAGACAUCCUCAAGACCACAGCAGGCGACUACGUGCUGAUGACGGUGUACUUCGAGCUGAGGAGGCGCAUGGGCUACUUCACCAUCCAGACGUACAUCCCGUGCAUCCUCACCGUGGUGCUGUCCUGGGUCUCCUUCUGGAUCAAGAAGGACGCCACGCCCGCCAGGACCGCUCUGGGCAUCACCACGGUGCUGACGAUGACCACGCUGAGCACGGUGGCCAGGACGUCUUUGCCUCGCGUGUCCUACGUGACGGCCAUGGACCUUUUCGUCACCGUCUGCUUCCUCUUCGUCUUUGCCGCCCUGAUGGAGUACGCCACCUUGAACUAUUACUCCAACAGCGCCCGCAGACCGCGCUGCAUGGACAGGAAGCGGCAUAACUACUCGGUCCUGGACGCGCGGCGGCCCCCUCCUCACACGGUGGUGGCCCUGAACAACUCGACGUAUUGGCAGGACUUGGACGACACGUGCGCCUCGCGCUGUCUGGACGGCAAAGACUGCGGCGCCUUCUUCUGUUGCUACGACGACUGCAAGGACGGCGCGUGGCGGAGGGGCCGCGUCCGCAUCGACCUGCUGGAGCUGGACGCCUACUCCAGGGUCUUUUUCCCCACCUCCUUCCUCCUGUUCAACGUGGUCUACUGGGUGGGGUAUCUCUACCUUUAGCGCCGCCUGAUGAUGACAUCACAGAGGAGCUGAAGACGGGCAUACACUGGGGCAAUGUUCGGAAUCGGUCCCUGGCCGCUAUAUCGGUGGUUUUACAACCUUUUACACCAAGUAGGAGAAAGUCACACCAUCAUGAGCAACAUUAAAAAUACAGCAGCAUCGUAGGUGUAUUCAUCAAAAACAAGACGGACGUUUUAGUCCUAAGAAGUACAGUGGAACCUUGAAAUUCGUUCUGUGACCACCAUCGAUCUGAAAACCAGAUACAUUAGCGUGCUGUACGAGCCCGGCUAACCGCCGUGCCUAUGUGGCAGCCAUAUGGGGGAGGUCGAUGUUCCUAUCGAAGGCCACGCAUGGAAUUGGAAUCAAGUCGUAAUUAUUACUUAUUUUUCAACCAAUUUUCAUGAGGUUUACUGUUCUGUCAACAUCAAAGUGUGUGCUAUCAAUACAGCAAAUUUGGAAAAAAAGAAAACAAAUAUUUGUACCUUUUUAAAAGGGUUCUCCCAGUUCCAUUGUCAUAAAUGUACGACCUUGUACGCGACUGUAUGCAGCAGGUAACAGGUGUAAGGUUUAGGGUAAGGUGGCGAUCCUGCGCCAUCCAGCCACGCUCGAACCCGCGCAUUCACUACGUCACCGUUUGUAAGUCAAGUGUGCUGACUGCUAAGCUAAAAGCCCUGGGCCGCUUAUGUAGCAGCCAGCACCGCAUCUACUGUUAGCGUAUAGGUAAAAAUGCGUUACCAAGGUAAAUACCUAGCUAAAUUCCGAAAUAGCUAUAUUAGCCUAAAAUGCCUUGCUAACACAUGAUUUUUGCUAAAAAAAAAAAUAAUAAUUUACAUUAAAUUCAAAUAGUAGCCUAAAGUUCAACACCCUCCUGAGAACGUCCACUGGUAGCGUGUACAAAACGAAAGGUUAUCAGGGUAUAUAGUUAGCGCCGUUAACAACUAGCUAAUAGUAGCCAGUGCUUUAGAAUGUCUCACUAAUAUAUCAUUUAUAGUCGAAAUAAUUACAUUUCAAAUAUUACUCACCUGAGAGCAUCUACAGUUAACAUUUAUUAAAACACAAAAACGCGUGCCACCUGCAGGAAAUGGAUAGCAUGGAUUUACCGUGUAUGCCCAUCUUCAGACAGCAAAACAGCGAAGGCUCGUCAGCGAUGGUCAGACGUUACAAUCUGACGAAGGACAUUCAAACCGUUCUCAGUGCAGUGCCUUUACGUCCUUUUUACACCACGUUAGAGGAAAAAAUAUCCAGACCAGAAGGAAAUGUUCGCUUCAUGACGUGCAUCUGGCCUGGCUUCGUCACGCCGUAGCGUCCGUCAAAGUCCAUCUUUUAACCGACUUUCAGAGAUCGUUGGGCCUGAUUCACCAAUGUUCAUAAGAAUUCAAGAAUAUACAUGUUAAAAAAAUUUUUAAGAAAACAGCAAACGCCAUUUAGCAUUUUUAUCAAAUGCUAAUUGGUGAUUGCUCUAAAUUCUUUACAUGAAAUGAUAUUUAUGUACAGGAACAUUGCGGAAUAAAUGCUAUCAGGGAAUCAUUCAUUAAUGAAUAAAAAUACUAAUGUUCUAAAGUUUCCACAGUAGUUAUUAGUUUGGUAUACUUUCCAUGAUAUUUCAUGGUAUAGGUAUACCACGAGAUUAGGAAUAUUUUAGGAGACUGAUGAGGAAAUAUUUUAGUGGCUAAAGCUCAUAUUCUCCUAUUAUUCCUGAUAAAUAGUAUAAUUUUUACAUACGUUGUGCGUUUACUAAUAUGUAUUGACUGAGGUAGUUUUCAGCAUUUUUGCUACAGUUGGGUUAGUUUUGCUGUGUCUUUUAAGACAGAAUAAACAAUGACAUACAAUACAGAAGACUUAACCUGUUUUUGCUAGCUAGCUAAUAGUAGUUUUUAAGUUGUCAGAAUAAUAGUUCAAUCUUCAGCAUUCAACCUGCUGUUAUGAAGGUAAAUAGCUAGCUGAGUUGCUAACUAGCUAAUAGCUGGUAGCCCAAAUGUCUUUGCUAACAUAUUUUUGGUCAAAAUAAUAGUUUCAAUAGUUUCAAUAGUCUCCUGUUAGCGUGUACUUACACAACAAAGGGUUAGCGGAGUUGCUAACGAGUUAAUAGUAGUCAGUACCUUAAAAUGCCUCACUAACCAAAUCGUUAGGUAAAAAUAUUUAAGUUUCAAAUAGUACUUAGCCGAGGACAUUUACUAUUAUCUUAUAUUUACAGUACAUAACGAGACAUUAUCAAGGUAAAUAGGUAUCUAUGUUGCUAACUAGCUAAUAUUAGCUCAUGAACGUAAAAUGCAUCACAACAUAUUUUUUGAAAUCUAUAUUUAAGUUUAAAAUAGUACACCCUAACAGCUACUGUAAGAUUGUAUGUACACAAUGUUAUUAAGGUAACUAGCAAAGUUGCAAACUAGCUAAUGGUAGCUGGUAGCCUAAAAUGCCUUGAAAACCAAGCUUUUUUGGGGUCAAAAUAAGUUUCAAAUAGUAAGUUAAGUUCAACACCCACAAAAAGAGGUUAUCAAGGUAAAUAGCAAACUAAGUAGGUAAUAAUUGCUGGUAGCCUAAAAUGCCUCGCUAACAUCGAAACAAUAUUUAAGUGUAACGUCUGAAUUUUUAAUUGUGGCGUACGUCGUGUGUUCAUCUUUAAUCAUACGACCGAACAUACGCUAUUGUUUGAUUGUGGUGGAUUGUUUUAUUUAACUUUUCCUUCAAUGCAAUAAUGCCCCAUUGGUGCUAUAUGUUGCUAAUAAUUGACACACACACACACGCGCAUACAUGCACAUAAAUCAAUAAUAUUCAGCUGCACCAUAGUAAGCCCCCAACAAAUUUAAGUAUUGUUGUUUGUUCUUUUUUUUUAAUUUUUUUACAUUAGGUUAUGUUGUUAAUUCAAAUAAAAAAUAUUUUUUACUUUUCUUUUUUAUAGAUUGUCAUUUCUUUGUACUUAUUAAUUAACAAUUGAUUAACAUUAACAUUAUAUUGGUCAUAUUUAAAAAAAAAAACAAUUAUAAUAAUCUAGUGUGAAAACAAACCAAAGACUCUUCAUUAAUGCAAUGGUAGCUCAAAGUGCGUUGGUGCGUCGGUGGGAGUUGUUUUGUGUUGUGAACGCUGAAACAAGCUAGUUAGCUUAGCAUUGCUGUGGGAUGUUUUUUUUUGUUUUUU